UAUUGUUUUCUAUAGUGAUGAUACCUUAUUCUGCUAUUCUUUGCUUGCCAUAACCUGUUUCUAAGAAAAAUUAAUCACUUAAUUAGUCUUCAGAUAUAUUUGUAUCUUGUAAGUAGAAAUUUUCUAUCAGUUGAAGAGAUAGAAAAGAAAAAAAAAAAACUUGUGGAAUCUUGGGGAGACUAUGUUUAAAAAACCUGUUCUCAUUUGUCCUUUUUCAUGAACACUGAUAACUUUUGUGGAGCUUUUUGUGAUCCUUAAGCUCCAUGUUUUGAUGUAUCCUAUGAUGUUUAUUUUUUCAAUAUCUUGUAUUUGUUCAUGUAAUAGGUGACUGGAGGUGGAAAGAAGAAGAGCGUAUAAUAUUUUGAAGAGUGUUGCAAUGACUUCCGUUGAAAAUAUGACAUUCAAAUCAUACCAGGACAGGGCUAAUUUGUUUGUGAAGGAAUAUUUACUAGCAGACUCUCUGAUUCCAUAUACUUCUGUUAUCAGUGGCAUGUUAGCUUGCAAGAUGGUCUUCGAUCUUACUCAGUUUCUUGGUUCUAAUUACUUUAAGAUCCAUUCCAACUUCUCCAAAGUCCAACGUAUUGAGUGGAAUAACCGUGCUGUAUCAACUACACAUGCCAUUUUCAUAACAACUAUAUCAUUGUACUUGGUGUUUUGUUCAACUCUAUUUCGGGACAACUCUUCUUCUGAACUUGUUACUGUUCGAAGGUCUACAUUGACAACUUUUGCACUGGGGGUUUCUGUUGGGUACUUCAUUUCUGAUCUAGGGACGAUACUAUGGUUUUUUCCUUCUCUUGGUGGAUAUGAGUAUGUGAUUCAUCAUCUGUUGUCUUUAGUAGCAGUAGCGUACUCAAUGUUGAGUGGGGAAGGACAGCUUUACACGUUCAUGGUCCUCAUCUCUGAGACAACUACUCCAGGGAUCAAUUUGAGAUGGUAUCUUGAUGUAGCUGGAAUGAAAAAAUCUAAAGCUUAUCUCAUCAAUGGGGUUGUAAUAUUCAUUUCUUGGCUGGUUGCUAGAAUACUUCUGUUCAUAUACAUGUUUUACCACGUGUACUUGCACUUUGAUCAGGUUGAGCAGAUGCACCCUUUUGGGCAGAUACUAGUUGUUGUUGUGCCAGUGGUGCUAUCUGUUAUGAACUUGGUUUGGUUUGCAAAGAUUAUCAAAGGGUUGAGGAAGACAUUGGCAAAGAGACAGUAAAAUAAUCUUGUUAGAGAAAAUUUUUGAAGAAAAUGUAUAGGUUAACACUACCCAUGUUGAUAUCAACCUCACAUUGCUUCCCAUGUGGAUCUGAACUAAUUGUAUAAACUUUUCUGUUUUUUAAUAUUUA